AUGGCCUCAAUGACACGCACAAGGUCUGGUACGAUCCCAUCAAUGGAGACCAGCGGUCACCAAUUCAGAGAUAACACUCUCAUCGUCGUCUUUGGUGCCUCCGGUGAUCUUGCAAAGAAAAAGACGUACCCAGCUUUGUUCGGUCUCUACCGCAACGGUUAUCUCCCUAAAGAUGUCCAUAUCGUCGGCUAUGCACGCACAAAGAUGGAUCAGGAAGAGUAUCACAAACGCACCACUAGUUACAUCAAGAACCCUAACGACGAUCCUGAAGUCGCUGCCCAAAUCGAAGAAUUCAAGAAAUUAUCCUCCUAUAUUUCUGGCAACUACGAUGAUAGUCCCUCUUUCCAAAAUUUGGCAAGACACAUGGAGGCUAUUGAAAAGAGCUACCAAGGUCGCGGUGUCAACCGCCUCUUUUACCUUGCUCUCCCGCCGUCCGUGUUCGUUCCUGUUUCAAAAUAUGUCAAAGAGUGCUGCUACGCGACGAACGGAACGAAUCGCAUUAUCGUCGAGAAACCUUUUGGCAAGGAUCUUCAAUCCUGCCGGGACCUCCUGUCGUCACUCAAGCAGUCAUGGAAAGAGGAUGAGACCUACCGUAUUGACCACUACCUCGGCAAGGAGAUGGUCAAGAAUUUGUUGGUCCUCCGUUUCGCCAAUGUCGCUAUGGGCGCUGCGUGGGACAAGCAUUCGAUCAGCAACGUCCAGAUCAGUUUCAAGGAGCCCUUUGGCACAGAGGGUCGUGGUGGUUAUUUCGACGAAUUUGGCAUUAUCCGUGACAUCUUGCAAAACCAUCUGUUGCAAGUCCUGAGUAUCUUGACCAUGGAACGACCUGUCUCAUUCGCGUCGGAAGACAUUCGGGACGAGAAGCAGUAUUUAUCGUGUUCUCACGCUAGCUUCCGUUCUUCCCAGGUCAAAGUGCUUCGCGCUAUCCCACCUAUCAAGCGGGAGGACGUGCUUCUAGGCCAGUAUGUCGGAGCCAAUGGGAAGCCAGGUUAUUUGGAUGACGACACUGUGCCGAAAGACUCUGUCUGCCCAACGUUCGCUGCUACCACACUCUGGAUUAACAACGAGCGGUGGGAAGGCGUUCCGUUUAUCUUGAAGGCGGGGAAGGCCUUGAAUGAGGCAAAGGUUGAAAUUCGCAUGCAAUUCAAGGAUGUCACACAGGGAAUUUUCAAGGAUAUUUCACGCAACGAACUCGUUAUCCGCAUUCAGCCAUCGGAGGCCGUUUACCUGAAACUGAACACUAAGACGCCUGGAUAUGCGUUCCGCGCAAUUCCGACUGAGAUGGACCUUACAUACAAGAGGCGAUUCACGGAUACAAAAAUUCCGGAGGCAUACGAGGCACUCAUCCUGGAUGCGAUCAAGGGCGACCACUCAAACUUUGUCCGAGAUGACGAACUGGAUGUUGCAUGGAAGAUUUUCACCCCCAUUCUGCAUUGGAUAGAUGGGAAAGAAGGGCCACGCCCUAAGCCCUCACCCUACCCCUAUGGCUCUCGGGGACCUAAGGAGCUUGAUAGCUUCAUUGAGAAGCUGGGCUACAAGCGUGCAGCAGAGGAGUACAGCUGGCCCACGACAAACGUGUCAAAUUUAUGA